GCAAUAGCCGGGAAAAAUAUCAUGUUCCGAAUUGCCAAGACAAAUCGAGCAUCCAUUUGAUCCUAUUCACCCUCUUACUCUCCAAGCUUUUACUAAUUAUACUUUGUUGCCUAUGCCGCCUCCAGCUUGUGCUGUAUGUGAGGAAGAGGCAAGAGGCUUCAUCUACAGCUGUUCCAAAUGUCAGCUUUCACUGCACAUCGAAUGUGCUACCUUAAAACCAUCUGUUAAAUUUGGUGAUCAUGGCCACCUGCUAAUUUUGUUUCCGGACACAAGAAUGCAGCGCUUCUGUGAAAUUUGUGGCAGGCAAUGCAAUGGUUUCCACGUCCGGUGUAUUGAGUGCCGGAUCAAUUUCCAUCUUCACUGUCAUCCCUCAAUGCCUCGUAUCAUUAAACAUGGAUGUCAUGUUGAUCCUUUAAGUUUCACUGAACUGCCUGUCCCGGAUGAUUUUCAGCCCGAUGAUGAAUUUUACUGUGAUGUAUGUGAGACUUUGAGAGAUCCAAAGGACCCUGUAUAUUACUGCGCAGAAUGUGAUUUUGUUGCUCACGUUGAAUGUGUCAUUUCAGAGGUGUUGCCCCAAAUCAUGGAGGGUGCAAGUGCUACAGAAGAGAUGGGGGAUCACAUUCUUGCAGGACUGGACAAACAGAUUUCGCAACUUCGAGCAUGGGAAGAGACAAUAAAAAAGCUUUUAGAGUCCAUGGAAGAUGCAAGACAAUAUCUUGAAGAGAAAAAAAGAGUGAUGGAAGAAGAACUAGAGCGGCUAGCACAAUUUGCAGAGGUCAUAAACCAAUAUAUAGAGUAUCAAACAAGAAAUUUGAAGGAACUUGAGGAUGAUCGUAGAAAAUGCAUUGCGUCUCCAGCAUCAGACGUGAAAAACAAAUGUCCAGCGAUGGAAGAUUCCGGUGGGAAGGAAGACUUAAGUUCAUCUCAGAGUCUGCGACAAGCUGACCCUAGACUUAGGAUUUUGGUUGAUAUAGGUAGAGCUAUAGCCAUAGAAGGAAUAAAAUCUUUGCAAGCACCUAAAUUAUCGUGA